UUUGAAUACAUAAAUAUUUUUGUUGUGUAAUGAUGAGAGAAAUUUGUGUUGGUCCGGUGUUAUCUGUUGCCUUAAACUAAGUAAAUUAUUAAAAAGAUGGUGACGUUAAGGAGUGGUAUCAUAAAAAUAUAUGAAUUCGGUUUCUAUAAGAAGAGUAGCCUCUGUGGAAGUUUACAUUCACCAAACUCUGUAGAGGAGAGCGCUGCACAUAAUUACAUCAAUGGCCACUAAAGUUUACAUUGUUUACCAUUCUAUGUACGGACAUGUUGAGAAGCUUGCGGAAGAGAUUAAAAAAGGAGCUACAUCAGUAGAAGGAGUAGAAGCAAAACUUUGGCAGGUGCCUGAGACAUUGUCUGAAGUGGUCCUACGGAAGAUGAAAGCACCUCCAAGGAGUGAUGUUCCAGACAUUUCACCGAAAGAGCUUCCAGAAGCUGAUGGCUUAUUGUUUGGGUUUCCAUCAAGAUUUGGAAUGAUGUCUGCUCAAUUCAAAGCAUUUAUGGAUGCAACUGGCGGUUUAUGGAACAAACAGGCACUUGCAGGGAAGCCUGCUGGCUUCUUUUUCUCCACUGCUUCUCAGGGAAGUGGCCAAGAAGAAACACCGUUUACAUCGAUAACUCAGCUUGUUCAUCAUGGAAUGAUUUUUGUGCCAAUUGGGUACACAUUUGGGGAUGGAAUGUAUGAGAUGGAGAAGGUGAAAGGUGGAUCGCCCUAUGGUGCUGGAACUUUUGGGGAUCAUGGAGUAGGAGAACCAACUGAAUUAGAAUUGGCUCAAGCUUUUCAUCAGGGGAAGUACUUUGCUGGAAUUGCUAAGAAGCUCAAGGGAUCGCUAUGAUUUUCUAUCCACUUUUCAUAUAAUCUAAUCAAAUAACCUGUUUGUCACAUAAGGGGGUAAGAGAGUGGGAGAAUAAAUUAAUCUAGUGUUGAAUCCAAUUAUUGUCUCUUUUAUAUAAUCUAUAUUAUCUUACAACAAUUGAGCUUUAA